GCUCUGUCAGCUCCCUCGUAUACGCAGUAUGAUGACCCGAGUUGCCUCACUAUUGCGUAUACGAUGCACGUGACCGGUCGCGAAGUAAUGUCGCAAUUUCGAGACUAUCUUACAUUUUCAACGGAAUACCCCUUUGCCUCCAACAACCAUGUCGUUUCUCUCCUGUCCCAACGAGCUCGUAUUUUUGAUAUGCCAGCUAGCCUGCAACGACGGAGGGAAAACUUUUUCCGACCUAAGUCAGGUUUCGAAAUAUUUUCACAAUAUCACGCUGCCUUUACGCUUCACUUCGAUAUCCCUCUCUUCCCCCACACAGUUCACACGUCUGAAUCGGGAAUUACCUCUACUCCCUCCUAUACAUAACGUUCGCCAUCUCUUCAUAUCCGAAACGGCCAAAGAUCCCUCGGAUUACAUCUCGCUCUUGCAGCUCACAUCGUGCACCCUCGAAACGUUGUCAUUGUACAUGUCCAACGGACCAACGUCUACUUCACUUAUCGCCAGCGUAUACCGCGUCUCAUUCCCCAAUCUUCGCGAUCUCAUGAUAAGUGGGUUUUACUCGUACCCUUUAGCUGCGGAGAUGCCCAAGCUUCGUCGCGUCCAUUUUGUCGGCAACAGGAACCCACUCGGGCUUCUUGACAUAGGCUUUGAUGUGCUCUUCCCUUCCUUGACACAUCUACGAAUAUCUGGCGUCUCCAGCGCUCCCGCAUUUGCUGAAGAACUGCAGAUGGUCUUGGAAAGCGAUCCGGCAGUGUUGCCGCCGACACUCCGUCGUGUUAUCGUGCAGCUUGGUCCCGUCGUUCCGCGAGCAGAGAUAGCUGAUAAAAAGAUGGUGAAGGUGUUCAGGGAAUUGGUGACGUCGUGCGACGAUAAUUCGCACACCAAAUUCACUCUCCGCGAAGACCGAAUGAAAGAGCGAGCCUUUUCGAAGGAGAAAACUCGGGAGAUGUGGGUAGAAAGUAUAUUGGGCCGAGAAGGAUGGUGGACGCGAUAAGCAUGUGAUCCAGCUGCUAGACCCGUUUUUGCUUUAGAAUGGUAAACACCGACAUUCUCACGUCGUACCUUGUGCUUGCUCUGUAGACUCGUAAUAUCAU